ACAACAUCACGCAGCUGUAUGGUUUAUUCCAGAGUUACCUGAUGGUGAAUUUAGUGGUGGUUGACGUUGGUUUAUCUUGAUAUACAACACACAACUGCAUAACUCUCGAAGAAACAUUAAGAUGUUACGAAGAGCGAAAACGGCCACGGUCUACAAGGAGGUACCAACAGACGACGAAGACGAAAACCCACUAGGAAAUGCUGAAUUUAGCUCCGAUGACAAUGCUGACGAUUCAUGGAACCCAGAGCCAAAGGUGUCUGGGAGGAAAUCAGUUGCCAGGAAACCAGCCAAACCCAGGGAACCCAAAGCCAAGAAAGAACCCAAACCUAAAGAACCCAGACCUAAGAAGGAGCCCAAACCUAAAGUACCCAGACCUAAGAAAGAACCCAAACCUAAAGCGGAGAGGAAGCCCAGAGCUCCCAGGGUUCCUAAAGGCAAGAAGGUGGAACCUCAAGAGGAUUCUAGAACUGGAACAGAACCAGAACAGACCUCAGUGAUGAUGGAAGAAGGGUCUGUAGGCGUGGAUGAAAGAGAAGGAGUACAGGAGCCUGUGAGGAUCAAGGAUGAGAGACUCUCCUUCCCCAUGGCCACCGGGCCCAAUAGCAGUGAAGCUAGUGGGAGUGGCUUGACCUCCUCCACCAAUCAGCCGUCGCUGAUUGUGAAAAAGGAGGAGCCAGGGGAAGACUUCACUUUUGGAGAGCCAGUUGCUAAGAAACAAAAGACCUCUGCUACAUCUCAAGGCAGGCCAAUCAAGCAAGCCAAGUCAUUGAAUGUUUUUGGGGAAGGUCUGCACAUGAACUGGGACCCUAUUCAGGUGCUAGCGCAGAAGACAGGUGUGGAGCAGUGGGUGUGUGCUAACAUAGCACAGCUCAUACACGAGGAGAACACCAUCCCUUUCCUGGUGCGCUACCGCAAAGAGAUGAUCAACUACAUGGAUGCUGACGCACUCAGAGAAGUACAGCUGGCACUGGAGGAGUUAUGUGCUUUGGCGAAGAAGUGUCAAUCUGUGAUUCAAACGCUGAAGAAAGAUGGAGUUUUGACCUCAGAGCUGGACGUGUCUUUAAGGAAUUGCAGAGUAGCUGAUGAACUGGACCAUGUGUACUCCCCCUAUAAGAAAGGCAGCAAGCUGUCCAAAGCCAGACGGGCCAAGCAGUUGGGUCUGGAACCGGCGGUUCUAGCCCUGCUCCAGAACCCCCAGAACCUCAACCUGCACUCCUACAUUAGGCCCAACACAGAGGGCUUGUCCACCUAUGAGGAGGUGGCCACGGGGGUGGAGCAGAUACUGGCGGAUAUGAUAGCCAAGGACCCGGACACCCUCACCCACGUGCGCUCCCUGUGUGACAGCAGUGCAGUGAUGCUGCAGUCGUGUGUGUCUAAGACGGCCCUGAAGGAACAGCAGCAGCAACAACAGCAACAACAGCAACAGCAGCGCGGAGAGCAGAAGAACAAGAUCAAAGACAUCGACAAGUUCCAGCUCUACAGCGACUUCUCCUGCCACAUCCACAGAGUGCAGCCCCACCAGACGCUGGCCAUUAACCGUGGGGAGAAUCUGAAGAUUCUGACAGUGAAGGUCAAUGUACCAGACCGCGUCAAGAACGACUUCUGUAGGUGGUGUGUCAACCUCAGGUGGAGACCUAAGGGCUUUGCUCGUCCGGAACAGAUGAAGAUCUUAAAUGAUGCCAUAGAGGACUCCUACAAGAGGCUCAUACUGCCACUCCUCUGCAGAGGAUAUCGGACGAAGCUGACUGCCACGGCGGAGAAGGAGUCGGUGGCCAUGUUUGUGCGGAACCUCCGCCAGCGGCUGCUCGUGUGCCCGGUGCGCGGACGAGCCAUCCUGGGUGUAGACCCCGGCUAUCGCCACGGCUGCAAGCUGGCCAUACUCUCCCCUGUUGGUCAGAUCUUGCAGACUGAUGUUGUGUAUCUGCACAGUUCAGGAAGCAAGACCAAUGAGGCCGGCAAGGUGCGCCACCUCAUGCUGAAACACAGCUGUCAAACGGUUGUCAUCGGUAACGGAACGGCUUGUCGGGAGACUGAGGCGUUUUUUGCUGACCUGAUUAAGCAGCGCUUCUUCCAGCCGCUGGACGUGUCCUACUGGUAAGCUGCUUCCCCUCCUGUAAACCCUCCUGUAAACCUGGGAGUGGGUACGGUCUCAAACCCUGCUCAGUUGUAUACUGCACUUGGGAUUGCACACAUAAAGGCUCAUGCAGACAGGUGAGUUUUAUUGUCCAAAACUAGGCUGGUUUGCUAGCAUUUAUUAGAUGGCAAAUCCAAUAGCGACUGCUUGGCGUCACAUGAUCAUAACAUGCUGGACAUCACAAGUGUGAACACACAAGCACUGCAGUUUCAGAGUUGGCGACUGACUGAAGCUUCAAUGAACAUGUAUCAGUAAACAUGUUUAGUCUCCUCCUAUUCAAAACCCAACAGCCCCUAAACCCUAAAGCCCAAUCCUGUAAGUCUGCGCUGUUCCACCAUGUUCAUCAGACACUGAGUCUGAGUCUGCCCAGAGACGGGUGACCUCGUCGAGACGGCACUGACCUUGGCAGCGAGCGCGGCACAGAAAGAGCUGAUCCAGCAUCAGCUGUCAAAACUGAGCGUGAACCAGCCGCCGUGGCCGAGCCGAGCCAAACCCAACGUCAGACUCGAGGAGAACUUGAUCAAUAAACUGACGGAGGAAAAGAAAAUAGCGCAGAAGCACUCAGAGGAGAGCGGAGCAGAGGAAAUGGGAAGGGGAGGAAUGUGAACAUCUUGCGGGCUUUUUAAACUCUUUUUUUUUUCUUCUUCUUUUUUCUUUCUUUUUUACCAUCUGGACCUUGUUUGACUCCAUCUAAUUAAAAACAAAUAUUUCUUGACGUUGCUCCUAACCAAGCCUGGUUCGCCUUGCACUCCUCUCUCGCCUUCCAACCUAAAUAACCUGUUUUUCAGAUUCAUCCCCUUCUCUCUCACACACACACACACACACACAC